AUGUUUACUUACUACAACCCCAAAUGGGCCAACAUCAUGGGGAAGAAUAAAAAAAAGACCUUGACACAUGCAGAGGUCUGGGAUGAUUCUGCCCUGGUUCAGUCCUGGGACGACGCUGUCGAAGAAUACCAGCAUUAUUGGAGCAUUCACGCCAAGGGUGAAAAUGUUGAAGAUGUCUUGAAAGAAGCAGAAGACCCUGUUGUUAUUCCAGUUGUACCUCACGGUGACAGUGAAGUCACCAAAGCCGCAGAGGGUGGUGUCACUAAACCUGAGAAUGAGGAUAUCUCAAUGACUGAGUCUGCUCCCGAGCCUUCUCAACCCGUGGCUGACGCCAGUUCUACGGUCUCCAUGCCUGCUAUGCCGAUGCCUCACCCAAUCAUGGCAAACGUCCAAGAUGAGUCGUUGAAGAACCUCAUGAUGUCAUGGUACUAUGCAGGUUAUUACACGGGACUUCAUGAAGGCCAGCAGGCAAGCCGCGACCAGGGCUCGUGA